AUGCUUCAAGGCAUACAACACGUCUCGUCUUACGGCAAGACGAAUUACCCCAAAAUGGUACCUAUUGCUCCGGCUCCAGAACAUCAUGAAACUGAAGAAAAGCAGAGAUAUACUUAUAAAAGUAAUCCAUACGGUGCGCAAGCGGCUUCGAUUGCAAGAAGAAAUGCGCGCGAGAGGAAUCGUGUGAAACAAGUGAAUGACGGAUUUAACGCUUUAAGAAAAAGAUUGCCAGCCAGUGUCGUCACAGCUCUGUCAGGCGGCUCUCGCAGGGGGUCAGGGAAGAAGCUCAGCAAAGUCGACACGCUCCGAAUGGUGGUCGAGUACAUCAGGCAUUUGCAGACAUUACUAGAUGAGAGCGACACAGCUCUUGGAAUCGGGAAGAAAGAACCACGAAUGACUGCAAUGGAAUCAUCAUUUUCCUAUGAAGAUGAAGGCGUAUUUAGUGGGAGCUCACCUUACUCGGAAUCAGUGCCUUCUCCAGUUAGUUCGGAAUGUUCAUCUGGCGUGUCCCCUGGAUUUCCUGCUGCUAACUAUUAUCCCCAUCAAUAUCAAGUGCAAGAGCCGGUGUCACAUAUGGAUGAAGAAGAUUUACUUGAUGCAAUUUCAUGGUGGCAAAACAAGUAG